AGAAUAUUAAGGGAACUAAGAAUAAAAGUCCAAACUAUUCUCCAAUCUCCAAGCAAGCAAAUUCCCAUUCACCUUCUCCUUCUUCUUCUUCUUCUUCUUCCUUCCUUCUACUUUUCCUCUCUUUUAUUCCUUCUAACUCUUCUUCAUUUUUUCCCCUCAUCACCACAGUUUCUCCAUCAAUGGACUCUCUAUAACUUUCUUAAGGGAACGCAGAGGAAUAACUGGAAGGUGUUCAAUUAGAGGAUGAUCAUUUAGUUUUAUGCUUAUAAAAUUUUCAGCCAUGGCUUCUACCUCUAAUUGGUUGAGUUCACCUUCUUGCUCCAUGUUUGAAUCCUCGGAGGACCAUGCUCUUGGACCUAUAUUCCAAUGGUUACGGUUCAUUUUCCUUUCACCUUGUGCUCAAAGAGUUUUGUUAUCAUCCGUUGAUAUUCUGUUCUUGGUUGUACUCUUAGCUUUUGCAUUGCAGAAGCUGUGUUCUCGAUUCAGUUCAGUUGAUAGGAUGAAAUCCGACAUAAGCAAACCUCUCAUAGGUAGCAAUAGACCUCUUAUAACGACCACCAUCUUGUUCAAACUCUCUCUAAUUGUUUCUGGCAUGCUAACCAUCUGCUACCUUGUCAUAAGUAUCUUGACGUUUUCCUCGAGUGUUCAAUCUACAUGGAGGAUUGUGAAUGGUGCAUUCUGGUUGGUUCAAGCAUUGACUCAUGCAGUUAUUGCGAUCUUGAUAAUCCAUGAAAAAAGAUUUAAAGCUUCUAAGCAUCCUCUUACUCUACGAAUUUACUGGGUCAUAAAUUUCGUAAUAAUUUCCUUGUUUAUGGCAUCAGCAAUUAUGCGUUUGGCCUCUACUGGAGCAACUGAUGAACUCAAUUUGACUUUGGAUGAUAUAAUUUCCAUAGCCUCAUUUCCAUUAUCAGUAGUUCUUCUUUUUGUUGCCAUAAAAGGAUCAACAGGGGUUCUUGUGGCUGUAGCAACUAAGGAAGAAUUCGAUGGACACAGUGAUUUAAUUGAAUUGGCAUCAAGUAAAUUGAACCUGUCUUUAUUUGCUUCAGCAUCUAUUGUAUCAAAGGCCUUUUGGCUGUGGAUGAAUCCCUUGUUAAGAAAAGGUUACAAAGCCCCUCUCCAGCUAGAUGAAGUUCCUACUCUUUCACCUCAACAUAGAGCUGAGGAAAUGUCAGCCCUCUUUGAAUCAAAGUGGCCCAAACCCCAUGAAAAGUCCACUCACCCAGUUCGAACCACCUUGAUCCGUUGCUUUUGGAAGGAAAUUGCCUUUACUGCCUUUCUGGCUAUUAUACGCACUUGUGUCAUGUAUGUGGGGCCUGUUCUUAUUCAACGUUUCGUAGAUUUCAGUGCUGGAAAAAGAAGCUCCCCAUAUGAAGGAUACUAUCUUGUACUGAUUCUUCUUGCUGCGAAAUUUUUUGAAGUUCUCACUACUCAUCACUUUAAUUUUAACUCUCAAAAGACUGGCAUGCUCAUUCGAUGCACACUCAUUACUUCUUUGUACAAGAAGGGCUUGAGGCUAUCAUCAUCUUCCAGACAGGAUCAUGGGGUUGGACAGAUUGUGAAUUAUAUGGCUGUUGAUGCCCAGCAGCUAUCUGACAUGAUGCUCCAACUGCAUGCUGUAUGGUUGAUGCCAUUACAAGUUACCGUUGGUUUGGUUCUUCUCGGUGCUUAUCUAGGCAUUGCUACAGUGGUUACACUGCUUUCACUUAUUGGUGUUCUUAUCUUUGUUGUGCUGGGCUCUCAGCGUAACAAUAAGUUCCAAUUCAAUGUAAUGAAGAAUCGUGAUUUACGGAUGAAGGCAACUAAUGAGAUGCUGAAUUACAUGCGGGUGAUCAAGUUCCAAGCAUGGGAGGAGCACUUUGAUAAUAGAAUUAAAGAGUUUCGAGAAAUGGAAUUCGGAUGGCUAACUAAAUUCUUGUAUUCAGUGUUCGGUAACAUUACAGUCAUGUGGAGUACACCAAUUGUUGUAUCAACUCUCACCUUUGCAGCUGCUCUACUAUUAGGUGUCAAACUUGACGCCGGGUUAGUGUUUACAAUGACAACUAUCUUCAAGUUGUUGCAAGAGCCUAUCCGAACCUUCCCUCAAGCGAUGAUAUCACUUUCCCAAGCAAUGGUAUCACUUGGGAGGUUGGAUCAAUUCAUGUUGAGCAAAGAGUUGGUUGAAGAUUCAGUUGAAAGAACUGAGGGAUGCCAUGGAAAUAUUGCUGUGGUAGUUGAGAAUGGCCGAUUUAGCUGGGUUGACGAUACUAAUGGAGAAAUAGUUUUGCAUGACAUAAAUUUGAAGAUAAAAAAGGGAGAACUUACAGCUGUGGUUGGGACUGUGGGAUCAGGGAAAUCAUCUCUUUUGGCUUCGAUUCUUGGUGAGAUGCAAAAAUUGUCGGGAAAGGUUCAUGUUUGUGGAACGACUGCUUAUGUUGCUCAAACGUCAUGGAUUCAAAAUGGCACCAUUGAAGAGAAUAUUUUAUUUGGAUUGCCUAUGGAUAGAGAGAGAUAUAGGGAAGUUGUCAGGAUUUGUUGCUUAGUAAAAGACUUGGAAAUGAUGGAAUAUGGAGAUCAGACAGAGAUCGGUGAGCGUGGUAUUAACCUCAGUGGCGGGCAAAAGCAAAGAAUACAGCUUGCCCGAGCUGUUUAUCAGGACUGUGAUAUCUAUCUUCUUGAUGAUGUAUUUAGUGCCGUUGAUGCUCAUACUGGGUCUGAAAUUUUUAAGGAAUGUGUAAGAGGAGCCCUCAAAGGCAAGACCGUGAUACUUGUUACUCAUCAAGUCGAUUUCUUGCACAAUGUCGAUGCAAUUUUUGUCAUGAAAGAUGGGACGAUUGUGCAAUCUGGAAAAUACCAAGAACUAGUUGAGGGUGGAAUGGAAUUUGGGGCAUUAGUUGCAGCACACGAGACCUCCAUGGAAAUUGUGGAUAGCAGCAAUCCUACGCUUGAAGUUUCUUCUCCUAAACCUCCUCAUUCGCCAGCCCAGCAUAGGGAAGCUGCCAAUGGCGAAAAUGGCCAUGUUGAUCAACCACAGGCUGAAAAGGGUUCAUCGAAACUGAUCAAAGAUGAGGAGAGGGCGACUGGUAGUGUUAGCUUGGAGGUGUAUAAACGUUAUUGCACUGUGGCUUAUGGAUGGUGGGGAGUUGCAGUGGCCUUGUUGCUCUCCCUAGUGUGGCAAGCUUCUUUGAUGGCUGGUGAUUAUUGGUUGGCAUAUGAAACUUCAGCAGAGCGUGCUUCUACCUUCGAUCCUACUUUGUUCCUUUCUGUCUACGCUGGAAUUGCUGGCAUUUCAGUUUUGUUGGUGAUGACUAGAUCAUUUACUUUUGUAUUUAUAGUGCUCAAGACAGCCCAGAUUUUCUUUUCACAAAUUCUUACCAGUAUCUUGCAUGCCCCCAUGUCGUUUUUCGACACCACUCCAUCUGGAAGAAUACUAAGUCGAGCUUCAAAUGAUCAGACGAAUAUUGAUGUGUUCAUCCCCUUUUUCGUAACUAUUGCUACUGCAAUGUACGUUACAGUACUCAGUAUCUUCAUUGUCACAUGUCAGUAUGCUUGGCCCACAAUUUUCCUUGUGAUUCCUCUUGUGUAUCUCAAUGUUUGGUACCGGGGAUACUACCUUGCUACCGCUCGUGAAUUGACGCGCCUCGACUCAAUAACUAAAGCACCUGUGAUUCAUCACUUCUCAGAAAGCAUACAAGGAGUUAUGACCAUUCGCUCUUUUAGGAAGCAAGAUCAGUUUGGUGAAGAAAACAUUAGACGAGUAAACAACAAUUUGCGUAUGGAUUUCCACAAUAAUGGAUCCAAUGAGUGGUUAGGAUUUCGUUUGGAACUUCUUGGAAGUAUAGUGUUCUGCGCUUCAGCAAUGUUCUUGAUCUUACUACCCAGCUCCAUUAUCAAGCCUGAAAAUGUUGGUCUGACAUUGUCAUAUGGAUUGUCUUUGAACGCUGUCAUGUUCUGGGCCAUAUAUAUGAGCUGCUUCAUCGAGAACAAAAUGGUUUCGGUCGAGAGGGUGAAACAAUUUUCUGUUAUACCACCAGAAGCUGCAUGGAGAAUUAAAGAUUCUCUUCCUCCCUCGAGCUGGCCAUACCGUGGGAAUGUUGAUAUCAAAGAUUUGCAGGUUCGAUAUCGGCCAAACACUCCUCUGGUCCUUAAGGGUCUCACGUUAAGUAUUUAUGGAGGAGAAAAGAUUGGUGUAGUUGGUCGAACGGGAAGUGGAAAAUCGACUCUAGUCCAAGUGUUGUUCAGACUGGUUGAACCUUCAGCAGGAAAAAUAAUUAUUGAUGGAAUCGACAUUUCCACAUUGGGGCUUCAUGAUCUAAGAUCGCGGCUCGGGAUUAUUCCUCAGGAACCAGUUCUUUUCGAGGGGACAGUGAGAAGCAAUAUCGACCCAAUUGGCCAGUAUUCUGAUGAUGAGAUAUGGAAGAGCUUGGAUCGGUGCCAACUUAAAGAGGUCGUGGCUUCAAAGCCUGAGAAACUUGAUUCUCCAGUUGUUGAUAAUGGAGAAAACUGGAGUGUGGGACAGAGGCAGCUUCUCUGCCUAGGAAGGGUCAUGCUAAAACGAAGUAAGCUUUUGUUCAUGGAUGAAGCAACUGCAUCAGUCGACUCAAAAACGGACGCAUUGAUUCAAAAUAUCAUCCGAGAAGAUUUUAGAUCGUGCACAAUCAUAAGUAUAGCUCAUAGAAUUCCCACAGUCAUGGAUUGUGACCGAGUUUUGGUCAUCGAUGCAGGAAAAGCAAGAGAAUUUGAUAGGCCCUCUCAGUUGCUUCAAAGGCCAACACUUUUUGGAGCAUUGGUUCAAGAGUAUGCCAAUCGAUCCCUUGAACUUUAAAUGCGCUGUUUUACGAUUUGUUUGGCUUCUCAACGUCGUGUCUCGAGCGGCAACGCAACGGCGUAGUUAACCUUGGGCUCGGGUUUUGUUUUUGAUGAGUUAAAAAAUGUGGUAGAAAGCAAGGCCUUUGCAUCCUAGUAUGGUAAGGAUGUAACAACCCUUCACAUCAGCUGCAUUGGUAACUGUUAGGAUUCUCAAUCUAUCAUCACUCUUUGGGAGCAUUUGGCUCGGUUUUCUUAGAGCAAAUUUAGUAAGUUUUGUAAGCCAUAGCUUAUUAUUGGUUCCCAAUCAAUUAGUAGGAAAAGCUACACUCAACAGAAAAGGAAAAGAAAGAAAUUUAAUUAUUUGCAUUGAUCUGUUGAAGUCUCUUGACCCUUUUUCCCCCUUAGUAUAACAUCCAAGUUUCUGCUUUUUGUAA